AAUAAAAAAUGCCCCUCUCAUAAAGUUUAUCUCGCUACAUGAACGUGUCCACAUGAAAUCUCAAUAGCAGAGGCUGCUCCCCAGCGCUUCAUCAUGGCUCGCUCUACAAUCCUCUUCUUGGGCCUCGCUGGUGCCGUAGCCAUCGGCUCAGCUGCCUUUACAAUCAUUUCCUCGCCCCUCCUUGGAAGACGCAGCCUCUUGACCAUUGUCGCUUCCGGCAUAGCUCUCAUCAUCUUUGCUUCAACAAGACACAUUCAGCUCCUCUCACAUCGCAGCUCCAAACGAAAUGCAAAGCAACAGACAGCUUCUAAUUCACAGCAUGGCGUCGGCAUUCCUCAGCCGCCAAUGGACUACAACCUAUUUGUCCUCGGCUCAGGCGGGCACACCAAAGAGAUGCUCAUGAUGAUGGACGACGGCUUCUACCAUUUCGCAAACUCUCACCGCCGCUACCUCAUCUCCAGCGGCGACUCCAUGUCAGAGAACCACCUCGAGGACUACGAACAGAGCCUCAAGACCCUGUGCAAAUCUCACGACUCGUCAUCCGGCACCUACGACAAGCGCAUCGUCACGCGCGCGCGCAGAGUCCACCAACCUCUCUGGUCAACGCCCUUUACGGCUCUGCUCAGCAUUCUCGACAUCUUCCCCGCUCUGCUCGUUUCGCCAGACAACGAGGUUGGGAGGAAGCUGCGGUAUCCCAGCCGAGUCUUUUCCAACGGGCCGGCUACCGGGUUCUUUGUUGCGCUGGCGAUUCAUUUGCUGAAGAUGCUCUAUAUUGUUCCAGAGACCUGCAUGAAGGUCAUAUAUAUCGAAUCUUGGGCUCGGAUAUCGACCCUAAGUCUAACGGGCAAGUUACUGUUGCACACCGGCAUAGCGGAUGUCUUUGUCGUACAGCACGAAGAGGUGGCCAUACGGUAUGGCGUACAGAAUGCUGGAGAAAUUGUGUUUAAUUCUCGCCGCUUGGAUGAUAUAGAACCAAGCCCCGUCAAAUGCUAGCGGACUUUUUGGCUCUUCCCUUUUAACCUUUUUUUCUUCGCCUCAUUUUCUCCAUCUUCUCUUCAUACACAUCAUAUAAUACAAGAAGUGCCAAAUCUGGCCACCAUCCACACACAUACACACAUCUAUAUGCCUCUCUCUAUUAUGCUGUUGCCGGUACAGGCUGUGCCUCCGCCUCUGCGCCAGCCUCCUCAUCCUCCAGUCCAAACGUCUCAAUCUCCGAGCUUGCCCUGGCCUCCCGGUUGGCCGUCUCCUUGCCGGCCCAAAUCUUCCAGU